CCUAGCAGUAAGCAAGCAAGCUUUGGGGAAGGUAGCGAGGCGUAGGGAGAGGCGCUGCCAGUGUUGGACGCGCACGAGCCGCUGCUUGGUUGCGAGGCGGAGGCCGACACAAGGCAACUUCAGGGAGCAGCUUUUUUGCUUUUCUCAUUCACUGAAAUGUACUAUGGAACAUGUUGGAGAACAUGAAACAUGCCUUGUGUCAGACCAAAUGUACUGUGUGGAGAGGCGAGUGUAUAACCAAGGAGCCCUACAAGGCCAGCUGCACAAGAAGGAAAAGGCCUCCCAGCCUCUUGGUCAGAAGAUAGCUCAUUCUUGUCGCUGUUCUUCUAAGAAAGCCAAAUCUAUUCUCACUGGUUUUUUACCAGUUUUUAAAUGGCUCCCAAAGUAUCCAGUAAAAGAAUAUUUGCUGGGAGACAUUGUCUCAGGUAUAAGUACUGGGGUGAUGCAGCUUCCUCAAGGGUUGGCUUAUGCAUUGCUAGCUGCUCUACCCCCUGUUUUUGGCCUGUAUUCUUCAUUUUAUCCAGUAUUUCUGUAUACUUUUUUUGGAACUUCCAGACACAUAUCCAUAGGAACCUUUGCUGUUAUCAGUCUGAUGAUUGGCGGAGUUGUUGUCAGAGAAGCCCCUGAUGAGAUGUUUGACAUUAUUGGCACCAACUCAACCAAUACCACAGAUCCUGAAAACUUCAGAGCCAGGGAUGACACGAGGGUGAAAGUUGCUAUUGCAGUAACAUUGCUUUCAGGCAUCAUACAGUUGUGUUUAGGUCUCCUUCGUUUUGGAUUUGUAGCUAUUUACCUCACGGAGCCCCUGGUACGGGGAUUCACCACUGCUGCAGCCGUGCAUGUCUUUACUUCCCAGUUGAAGUAUCUUCUUGGAAUUAAAACUAAAAGAUUCAGUGGACCCCUUUCAUGCCUUUAUAGUUUGAUUGCUGUGUUUUCAAACAUCACCAAAACCAACGUUGCAGCUUUAGUUGUGGGACUGAUUUGCAUGGUUUUAUUGCUGAGCGGGAAGGAAAUCAAUGACCGCUUUAAAAAGAAGCUGCCUGUCCCUAUUCCAAUGGAGAUUAUAGUGGUUGUAAUUGGUACUGGCGUUUCAUUUGGAAUGAAUCUGUCAAACACCUAUGGAGUGGAUGUUGUUGGGAAUAUCCCCAGAGGGUUACGUCCUCCAAAAGUACCUGAUAUCCACCUUAUACCAGCAGUUUUUGUGGAUGCAAUAGCAAUAGCCAUAGUUGGUUUUUCCAUGACAAUCUCAAUGGCCAAAAUCUUCGCUCUUAAACAUGGUUAUACUGUCAAUGGAAAUCAGGAACUGAUUGCACUAGGCAUAUGUAAUUCUGUAGGAUCCUUUUUCCAGACUUUUGCUAUCACCUGCUCAAUGUCUCGGAGUCUUGUCCAGGAGAGCACUGGAGGGAAAACUCAGAUUGCUGGAACCCUGUCCUCCAUCAUGGUCCUGUUGGUCAUUGUAGCCAUUGGUUACCUCUUUGAACCACUGCCGCAGGCUGUGCUUGCAGCCAUUGUAAUGGUCAAUCUCAAAGGAAUGUUCAAACAGUUUGGAGAUAUUGUUCACUUCUGGAGAACCAGCAAGAUCGAACUGGCUAUCUGGAUUGUAGCUUUCCUAGCCUCGGUUUUCUUGGGGCUGGACUACGGUCUGCUUACUGCUGUAGGUUUUGCACUGGUUACCAUUGUGUACAGAACACAAAGUGUACAGUACAGAAUCCUUGGCCAGAUUCCUGACACAGACAUUUACUGUGAUGUGGAAGAGUAUGAAGAGGUGAAAGAAUUCCCUGGAAUCAAAAUAUUCCAGGCAAACUCCUCACUGUAUUUUGCCAACAAUGACUUGUAUGUCAGUGCACUGAAGAAAAAGACUGGGGUUGAUCCCUGUGCAGUAUUGGCUGCAAGGAAGAAAUCCCAGAAACGACACAUCAAGGAACUAAAGCAGCUGGAUAAAUGUGAGAAGGAAGUAGGCUUGGAACUAACUAGUGAUGAUAUAGAGAAACAGGAAGUGCCAAAGGAGGAAAUGUCAGUCAACGGAAGAUUCUCAGCCAAGGAAGCUGCAACACAGAACUCUUCUUCUGAUGAACUUGAACAUUUUAUGAAGCCAGGGAUCAAUGUGCAUACCAUCAUUUUGGAUUUUUCACCAGUGAACUUUGUUGAUUCAGUUGGAGUCAAAACCUUAAAAUCAAUCAUAAAAGAAUAUGAAAACAUUGGCAUUUCUGUGCAUAUAGCUGGCUGCAACGGGUCUGUUAUGGACAAUCUUGUUAGACUGCAGUUCUUUGACAAGCCUACCCAAAGAGACUUGCUGUUUCCCAGCAUUCAUGAUGCUGUACUUACCAGCCAACUGACAGUCAUCUCUGCCUCACAGAUGCCUUUAGAUGCUGACUCUUGUAUGCCUGAAUUACAGGAGCAGAACUGAUUUCAUGGAGGCACAUGGAUGGGUACCUCAGUAUGUGUGCAGAGAUGGUAGAGCUUCAGACUGUCUACUCAGGGCAUGUGAGGUGGCAGCAGGGUGGUCAACUUUCUGCCAGGGAACUGCCUGAGAAAUUCCAAGCCUUAAUACUCCAAAAUUAUUUUUAUGCUAUGAACAUCUGAAUAAAAUUGAACCACCAAGGAUUUUUUUCUGCAUUUUUUUCUGGUUUCUUUUUUUGUUCAUAUAUGUACAAGUGAAAAAUAUUGCACUAUGUCAGGGAGGGGAAGCAAUGUGUGUUACUGAAGAGGCAGAUGACCAUCUGCCACUGUUACCAAAAGACAUUAUCUUGCCAAAUGCCUGGGUGUUGCAUUGUUUAAACAUUUUUUUAAAAUUUCCAACUAGAUGCUAUUAUAUUUAUAGCAAUUUUUUAAAAAAAGAACCUUCCUGCUGCUGAAAAAGUCUUAAUGUUCGAUGUUAUUUUGUUCCAUUUGUGUAUUGCCAUUCUCAACUGAAUCAAGUUUUUGCUCAGUGACCUAUAUUUAUUAGACGAUGGAUCACUUUCCUAUACAUUAAGGUUCUAUGACUGCACUGAAGCAGACUUUAUUCGAAGGGAACAAUGACGUUUGAAAUGUUUUAAAGAAGAUAAACAUGAGCAAGUGACAGCUGCUAGUCUUGCUGAGAUGCAAAUUGUAUGGGCACCAGCAAAGACACAAGGUGUGUUAAAGUUCAAGUACCGUAUAUACUCAUGUAUAAGUCGAGUUUUUCAGCACAUUUUUUGUCCCGAAAAAGCCCCCCUUGACUUAAACACGAGUCAGUUGUAUUCAAAAAAUAUUGUAAGGUUUUUAUUUUUGUCAGCCGCCAGGGGGUGCAGUUGUUAAGCUAGCAGCACCAAAAUUUCAGGAUAUCAUCAGGUGACACUCCUGAUGAUACCAGCCAAGUUUGGUGAUGUUUGGUU